AUGUUUAGACAAUCAUUUGCACAAAAUUUAUUCAAAAGAUCAUUUGGUAUUAGAUCGUUGACAUUGAAUGCAUUUAAAAAACCUUCACCAUCCACUUUUAAAUUCUUUUUUGCUUCAUCUGGUGCUUCAUUUUUAUUAUUCAAUUCAUUUUCAAAAAUAUACAAUGAUACCGCAGCAUUGCAACAACAAAGUUUACCUAUAAAUGAUAUAAAAUCAAAUAUAAAAGUUAAUGAAAAAGGUUAUACGGAAUCUAGAUUUAAUAAUUAUUUAAAUUAUCAAGAAUUAACGAUUGGUUCGGUUACUGGUUUAUUUUUAGGUAUUAUUAUAGGUAAAUUAUCUCAAGUUUUUUUAUUUGUAACGUUAAGUUCUUAUUUAUUAUUGGAAUUUUUACAAUCUAGAAAUGUUAUAAAUAUACCUUGGAAUAAAAUUGUUUCAAUUGGUAAAGAAAAAAUUGAUAUUAAACAAUUAGUAUUCGAAAAACCAAGUUUUAAAAUCUCAUUUAUUUUAUCCUUAAUUAUAGCUGCUUACAAUGUAUAA